UGAUUUAACCUUGAAUAGUAGUAUCAAUUUCGGAACCUUGUUUAUUGUACUCUGACAAAUUUUCUCAUAGAACAAAGGUUGAGGAUGUUCAUAGCUUAGUAUGGUAAGGAUGAUGACCCAAUUUAAAUGCCUUUGAGCUUGACACAGCAAGAGUUGUGCUGGAACUUGGACUUGCCAAGUCACCGCCAUAAACCAUCAUCAAAGUACUUAACAAUUAAUAAUUUGGUUAUGAUUAGUUAAUAGUAACACUAUUCUAGUUGCGUACGUCAACUCUUUAAAUUUCCAAUUAUUCGUGAUUUAUCUGAACAUAAAAUAUUAAAUAUCCAAUUUUAUUACAUUGAUUGGAGGCUACAGUUCAUCUUUACCUUUUAUUUAUGAGAUGCAUAUGAUCAGAAACCUCCUCUCCUAAAUAGAUUAUACAGUUUGAUCCAAAUCGAAAGUCUCAGAAAGAGACCCAUGACACAGAAAUUAAUUAGCAACAUGCAAUUUUACCGAACAUUCUUCAAACUAAGAAAUAUUUAGUCGCUUACUAGCUACCUGAUAUAUCUGUAUAAAGAUGAUAACAUAGUUCUCUAGUGGUGUGGAUACGUUAAUCAGUUUUUAUUGCUUGUUAAGGACAAUAACGAGUUAAAGAUUGGUUUGUAUGUGACACAAGGCAACAUAAAAGGCUUAGAGGCGGCUUUAAUGAUAGAUAUAUAAGUCAAGCAACAUACUCGUAAAGUUAGUUGACGUUUUUCAAUGGAAGAAAAUAAAAAAAUAUCUUCUUGAUAUAAUGAUUGGAACAAAGCUUAGAAACAUUUUUCUCAUUAACUUAUAAAAGGAAGUGACAGAAAAAUAAACAGCAAUCCUAAGUUACACUUUCUUGUACUCUUCCUUUUCAAAAAUUGCCUCAUUGGUAACUUCAUCUCCACUCUUUGCCUUUUCUUCGUCAUAAUCUCUCUUACACACAAACAUGUGCAAUAUAUAUAGUCCUGCCUUUUCUCGUUUGUAUUCAUUAUCAACUAAUCACAAAAUAAAAAGAUAUAUAAAAAACAGUCAAACGGAUAGGAAUAUUAUCGCAAGGUCUAAUGGGUUCCGAGAAAUUUGGAGACGACGAUCGGAGCAUCCAUUUGCAGGUAUUCGAGCUCCACAAGCUGGAGGAAGCGCGAGGCUCAAGCGACACCGUAUUAGAUUUCAGAAACAGCGUCGAGAAAGGAGACAGCGGCGAAACCGCAGACGCUACCCCUGCUUCUUCCGCGAUCGCGUUCCACCGAUCAUCAUCCCCGCCUGAGCAAAAGCUCACACUAUUCGCUCUCCGCCUUGCGAUCAUCGAGAAAGUCGCUACCUGCCUCGGAACACUAGGUUUCAUCUGGGCCACGGUGGUUCUGCUAGGCGGAUUCGCCAUCACCCUCGAGAAAUCCGAUUUCUGGUUCAUCACCGUCAUCCUCCUCGUCGAAGGCACUCGCAUCUUCAGCAGAAGCCACGAGCUCGAGUGGCAGCACCAGGCCACGUGGACUGUUGCUGGCGUCGGAAUCAGUAGCUUCCGUGCGUUACAAGCAAGCUCUGUUUCGCUUCUCAGGAAUUUAAAACGAAUCAGUGGAGGAGUCUUGAAGCCAAUCCUCGAAAGCAGAUUAAGCCAAGAAACCCCUCGGACAUGGAAAAACUCAGAUGUUCCUCUGCUUCCCUACGCGAAAUGGCUCUACAUCUCAACCUACGUGAGCCGUCUUCUCUACUGGCUCCAGCUACUCUCAGCCACCGCCUGCGUGGCUCUGUCCUCAUACAAGCUCGUCAGACACAACUACGGAGAGGUUCAUGACGGAGAGAUGGACAAAAGGAACAGAAAAGCCGCUCUAAGCAUCUUCUACUCGCUGGCCCUUGCCGAGGCGUUGCUGUUUCUUGCGGAGAAAGCUUACUGGGAGUGGCAGGUCAGUGUGUGUAAUUUGCUUGAGAAUGUGACUAAAGAUUGUGGCUUUGGUGUUACUGGGUUGGUCUCUAUAAAGAGAUUCUUCUACGAUGCUUACUCAAAGUCUGUGAAUGGGAGCAUCUUUGAUGGGGUUAAGAUGGAUAUGGUCAGCUUUGCUAUGGAACUGUUGGGCUCUAGCUGCCCAGAUGAACAGCUCAUAGGUGCAAGAAUUCUCAGGCAGUUUGCUGUGAAUGAGCGGUUUGCUGAGGAUACGCUUGAGAAGAUAGGAAUCAACUUGCCUGUCAUUGAAAGAUUGGUGGAGAUGUUGAACUGGAAAGACAUGCAAGAAGAAGAGAUUAGAAGAUCAGCAGCUGAGAUACUAUCAAAGCUAGCUGGCAAGAAACAGAACUCUCUAAGAGUAUCUGGAAUCUCUGGUGCCAUGGAAUCGAUAUCAUCACUGUUGCAGAACACAAGAUCUUUAGGUGAAGCUCCUGACGAGAUUGGAGAGAAGAAAAUCUUACACGACCAUCAUCUACAGUACGAUUACUGUAGGUUCAACAACUUAGGCCUCUUGAUUCUAAAGAAGUUAUCCAGAGAUCAUGACAACUGUGGAAAAAUAGGCAACACGAGAGGACUUCUUCCAAAGAUUAUUGACUUCAUGCACACCGAUGCAACACUCUUGAAAGAUGAGAACGCAGAGAUGGUUCUGUCACGAGUCUUGACAGUGAAACGGUCCUUGCAGCUAGUGAAAAUGUUGGUAAGCAUGAGUGGGAACACUGGGAGGUGUCUUAGGAGAGAAAUCUCGGAGAUCGUUUUCACAGUCAGUAACUUGAGAGAUGUACUGCGUCAUGGAGUGAGAUACCCGAAACUUCAGAAGCUUGGGAUUGAGAUUCUGAGCUUCCUCGCUCUUGAGACAGAGGCAAGGGAGAGAAUUGGUGUAACUGGAGGUGUCUUGAAAGAGCUAUUCAACAUUUUCUUGAAAAGCAAGGCACAUGGGGAUGUGAAUGAGAGCCGGGUUAGAAUCACUGCAGGUGAAGCUAUAGCUAUGCUUGCUUUGGAAAGUAGAAGCAACUGCGUCCACAUUUUAAAGCUUGGAGUGUUGGUAAGACUUGUGGAUGCACUUGAGGUUCCUUUGGUCCGUGUCAAUGCUGCGAGAGUGUUGAGAAACUUGUGCAUGUACUCAGGACAUGAAUGCUUUAUAGACCUGAUGUUCAUUAAAGCAGCAGCUCCCACGGUGUUGAAAUCAAUAACAUCAGGAGACAACAAACUACAAGAAGUGAUGCUAGGGUUAGCAACACAAGUUUUCAAGUUCAUGAGUUCAGAAGAAGCACACGUUGCUCUGACAGAUUCAGGGAUCAAGAAGCAAGAACUGGCGAACUCGCUGGUUGCUAUUCUGAAGAAACAUGACAAGCCAGCGAUUAAAGUUCCAAGAAUUAGGAGGUUUGUGAUUGAGCUGGCGAUAUGGAUGAUGGAAGAUGACGUGGAGAACGUUGUGAUGUUUAGAGAUUUGGGUAUGGAGAGAGAGCUGGAGAAGGUUCUUGAAACUACGGCUGAGCUUGAGAACUUCGACGUUUUCUCGGGCACGGUUGGUGUGAGCCGCCAUAGCAGAACGGUUCAUUGGUUGGCUGAGUUGGCUGUAACAUUGCUCAAGGAAGAUCAACCAUAAGUAUCAUAUCUUCUUGUUUGGAAACUCUCGGGACCAAUGACUAUAACUAUUACAUAUUUGUAAGAAGAAAAAAUGCGAUAAUUAUGAAAA